AUGCCACUUGCCCUGGUGCCUGGAAAUCACCUGAGUCUCAUCUCUGCUCUGUUUUCCUCUCUGAACAAGGAAGCCCCAGAGACAGCAUCAACCAAGGUGGGUCGGGGUGUCUCCACAGUGUGCGGGAAGCCAAAGGUGGUGGGGAAGGUCUUUGGUGGCCAGGACGUCGUGGCCGGCCAGUGGCCAUGGCAGGCAAGCCUGCUCUACCAGGGCCUGCACCUCUGCGGAGCUGUCCUCAUCGACUCCCACUGGGUGCUUUCAACUGCCCACUGCUUCCUCAACAAAUCCCACGCCCCUAAGGACUACCAGGUUCUAUUGGGAAAUACCGAACUGUACCAGCAAACCCAGCACACCCAGAAGAUGUCUGUGAAUCGGAUUAUCACCCACCCAGACUUUGAGAAGUUCCACCCCUUUGGGAGUGACAUCGCCAUGCUGCAACUGCACCUGCCUGUGAACUUCACUUCCUAUAUCACUCCUGCCUGCCUCCCACCCCCUGGCAUGCAGCUGACCACCUACAAGUCCUGUUGGAUAACUGGCUGGGGAAUGCUCUCCGAAGACACACGGCUGCUCCCACCCUUCCAUCUCCAGGAGGGUAAGGUGGGCCUCAUAGAGAAUGAGCUCUGCAAUAUGCUAUAUACUCAAAGGACUGCUAAUGGCAAGAAAAUGGUGCAUGAAGAGAUGCUGUGUGCUGGGGACUUCUCAUCCGGAAAGUCCAUCUGCCAAGGUGAUUCCGGGGGGCCCCUCAUCUGUCAGCUCAGCAGUGCCUGGGUUCUGGUGGGGUUGGCCAGUUGGGGCUUGGACUGCCGGCCUCCCAUCUACCCCAGCGUCUUCACCAGGGUCACCUACUUCACCACGUGGAUCGAUGGCAUCAAGAGAGUCACACCUGUUCCUGAAGCAAUUUCUGCUCCUACUCAGAACCCCCUUUCAGGCCAGCUCCACACAGCUGCUUGCUCACCCAGGCUCUGUCCAUCCCUUGUGCCUCCACAGGUGAAGGGCACAACCAGGUCCUCCUCGCCCACCCUGUCUCCAGGCUCCGGGAUCCACUCCCGAGGCCUCCACCUCCUGGUCAGCGGCACCCCGCCCGCCCGCGCGCCUUUUCACCCCUCACCUGGAGCCCGGGCUGUGGCAGGAGGAAGGGACUCAUCCUCCGCGCGAGGGUCCAGCCCGCAGACUGGCCGCCUCGAGCAGAGCAGGGUUAGCUUGCGUUUCCCUAGCGCGCUCCCCGCCGGCGCCCACCAAUGCCUGCAUCGGACGCUGGGGACACCCAAUGAGGUGAGCUUCCGGUCCGGUACUGAUCCGCCCCCUUAA